AUGUCGGACCCUUUCACUCAUGAUGAGGCCGGCACCACGACCCUGUGGCCUCCUGGCACCGUACGACUCGAAGACCUUAACAGAUCAGCCGGCAGAGACAUAAUUCUGCACCCAAGACCGACCACUGAUCCAAACGAUCCUCUGAACUGGCCAAAUCGGCGCAAAUAUUGGAACUUUGGUUUGGCCGUUCUCUACGUCGCCAUGGUUGCCGAGUUCAUCAAUGCCAGCACUCCAACCUGGGGCCCCAUGAAUAAGCAACUUGGAUACAGCUACACGAUCUUGAAUGACAGCUACGCGGUGGGGUGUGCUGCCCUCGGUCUUGGUUCUCUCCUGCUUAUCCCGGUUGCACUCAAAUUUGGGCGUCGACCAGUAUACAUAUUCAGUACUGUCCUUCAAUUCGCUCUCAGCAUCUGGUCCGCGAAAAUGGAAACGGUGGCAGACCUAAUGGUGAUCAACAUCUUGCAAUGUUUCUUUGGGAGUCUUGCAGAAACCAUUGUGCAGAUGACAAUUGCCGACCUGUUUUUUGUCCACCAAAGGGGAAGGAUGAAUGGUCUAUAUAUAUGGGUUUACCUCCUCGCCACCUAUAUGGGGUCUUUCAUUGCUGGAUACGUUGCCAAAGGCCAGGGUUGGCGCUGGGUUUGGUGGUGGAACGCGGUAUUCUUUGGUGUCUGUGUUUUCAUUGUGGUCUUUGGUUACGAAGAGACAAAGUACAUCCCACCUCUCAAUGCUUCGAGUCCACCGGCAGUCACUACCGAAAUCGAGAACCCCCCAACCACCGCUUCACCCGAGCAUCUGACGUCUGAGAAAGAAGCAAACAUUGCGGAAGGGAAUUCAUCGAUAGAUGGUCCGACGAAAACUGGCUCUUCUCCCGUGCUGAAGCCGUCGUUGUCACUGCAAGCUAGCCGGGAUGAUCGGCCUGGAAACAUCUACCACAUUACCAUCGAUCCGAACAUCCCUAUGAAAACGUACUGGCAGAGGCUGGCGUUGACCACGACCACAUCAGGUGCCGGUGUGCCACACAACUCCUUCAUCCGCCACAUGUAUCAGCCCCUGAUUCUCCUUGUUACCAUCCCGGGCAUUGGGUAUGCUGCUCUCGUCUACGGCAUCCUGGUUGGGUUAGGAGAUAUCAUGUCAACCACACUGUCCACAUAUCUCCCUCAGGCGCCCUACAACUUCAAUUCCGAUCAGGUUGGGCUGAUGGCUCUGCCUAGAAUGAUUGGAGUCUCCAUAGGAGCUCUAGUUGUCGGCCCGAUCAGCGACUGGUGGAUUGUGUAUUUCUCUCGCACGAAGAAUGGAGGCGUCUACGAUCCAGAGACACGACUAUGGUGCAUCAUGCCAUUCCUUCCCUUUAUCCCAGCUGGAGCACUUCUUUUCGGCAUCGGUCUCAGCCACCAUGUAGCUUGGCCUGUUAUUGCUGUUGGGCUGGCACUGUAUAGUAUUGGCCUCGCUGCGAUCCAAAGUCUGGUUAUAACAUACGUCACCGACUCAUACAAAGAGGUCAUUGGCGAUGCACUGGUGGCUGUGACGGUUAUACGAAACAGCUUCAGCACUGCAUUUGUUUUCGCUUUGACCCCAUGGGUUGCAGCUGUCAGCAUCCAGUGGGUACUCGUCACUAUUCUGCUUAUCGCCUGCCUUAUUCUAUCCGGGUUAGGCAUCUUCAUCAAAUAUGGGAAGACCUUCCGAGACCGCUGUGCUGCAACAUAUGAGUAUUAUGCUCAGAGACAAUACCAAGAACGAGUAUGA